ACACCAGAGCCAUUGCUGAACUACAGGGAGAUGAAGAAAUCGGGUUCAGCUGCACGUGAAAAAACUGAAAACCUCUGCUCCACCCUCAGCAAAUAACAACGCCUAUACUGACACCCUUCUAACACUUAUGAAACACAUCGCAUCUUGACUUGCAGACGAUCGACAGUGAACGGCUCAUCAACAGUGAAGAUUGUAACGUUUUAGUUUCUGCAGCGGUUUGUUUUCGCUGGCAUGCGUCUACACGGGUCAAUAUUGGGAGCAACACUGUUGGCUCUGCUGGCAGGCUGUCAACAAUGUGUCUUAGCUGACAGUGACACUUGGGCUCCACCAGAGGUCUCACAGUACAAUGGUACUCUGUAUGCAGCCUGCAAAAUGAGACCCAGCAACUCACUACCUGAUGGUCUGCCCAAAGUGUACGGUCAGGUGCUGUUUAAGCAGGAUUAUCCUGAUGGAAAACUCCAAGUCUUUCUUCGGUUCAAUGGUUUCCCCACAGAGGGUAAUUCGGAGCCCAGAGCGGUGCACAUCCAUCAGUACGGAGACCUGGGACAGGGAUGUGAUUCCACUGGUGGCCACUACAAUCCCCAUGGUGUAAAUCACCCUAAUCACCCUGGAGACUUUGGUAACUUUAAGCCCCAGGAAGGAAAAGUCCUUACGAUGAUAGAAUCUGAGGCAAUGCUGUUCACGGGUGUGUCUGUGAUUGGAAGAGCAGUGGUGGUCCAUGAAACGAUAGAUGACUUAGGCCUUGGUGGAGACGCUGCGAGCCUGCUGAAUGGAAAUGCAGGCCGGAGGCUUGGCUGCUGCAUUAUUGGGAUUUCUUCCCCCAACCUCUGGAAUAUGUACUAUAAGAUGUAUAAUAGGCGGCUGAAGAGAAAUUUGUUUUACAGUAAUGGCAUGUAGGUCAACUUACAGAUUUGGCCUUUUGAAUUCAUUCAUUCUAGCCUAGCAUUUUAGCCAUUAUAUUGUUUGUCUGAUACCAAGAAAAAUCAACAACUCAAUCAAAUUCUCUUUUUCCAAACAUAGUGGCUUAUCAAAACUAGUGGAAACUUGUCUUUCAAAUUGGUCUGCUCUACAGUCGAUGGCGCCAAAUGGAACUUUUCCCCAAUUAAAACCCUUUCAGGGCUUACUUUGUAUUAUAUACUUGUUUUUCAAACGACAAACCUGUAGUUGAAAAUCUUUUAUUUUGCAGAAACCAAUCCAUUUUUGCACACAUUCAACAGAAACACAUAGCUCUAAGUACUAGUACUAGUAAUUUCUAUCUUGUGAGUUAAUAUUGUUCACCACAAAAAGACAACCAAGACAUCAGUGCUGGUAAUCUACAUGGUUUGGCUUCAUUGUGUUACAGACUCACAUGUUCUGUAAAUGUAUUCUUAACUAAGGUGUUCUUGUAAAUAAUUAAAUAUAAGUUUAGAAGAUGCCUUUCAAGGAAUCAAAUAAGAGUAUGGGUUAACGAAAAUGCAACUUCCUUUUAAUCAAUAAAUAUGCAACAUUUUGUAUAGC